UUUGGGCUUCAAGCUCGUUUCAAUAUCUCUACACUUCCGACACCUUUUCGCUGUAGAUUUUUGCUUCAUUUCAAUGGCGUCCCAUACCUCUGUAAUGGUCUUUAGAAUCGCUCCUAGAUUUGAGCGUCAGAUUAGAGCCUGAAAUUCUAAGCUCGUCAAACGUUUCGACCUGCAGACCUCCGCAAAUAAUCCGUCAGGGGUCUUCACGGAAACAACCACUCUGUCCUUUAGGACAAAGAUUGUGUAGCAAAGAUGGAUGAAGAGAUGAUGACGCUGCAUAAUGUGAUGCCCGUGAAGCUUGCUAUAAAGAGGGAAAUGGAGUAUCGAAGUAAAAUGGAGGUCUUGAGAAACCGCCGGUUUAAUAACUUAAAUCCUUUGCUUCCUUCCCAGGUGCAGCCUGCAAAUCAAGCAACAUUAAAGCGAAAAGAGCCUUCUUCUAGUGGUACAGCGCUAGAAAGACGUUCAACAGGUCUCAUUUGCAAGAUCUGUCAAAUAACCUUUGGUACCGUUCUUCAUCUGAAACAACAUUCCGAGACCAUAAGACACAAAGGCAACAUUUUGCAGUUAAAAAAACGGGGCCAAAAUGUUAGCACACCGUUUUUAUGCGAGCUUUGUAACUCAUCUUGCUCUAGCGGCAUCGUGAUGGAAGAUCAUCUUAAGGGUACGAAGCAUGCCACCGUCCUGCAAGAAUUCGAGAACGCUAAAAGGGCGAGAGCCGAAGAGGCGUUUGCUGCAAAACUGUAUUGAAUGAUUGGGGCAUCGAUUGUUAAAAAGAGUACAACAAAAGUUUCAUACGUUCGUGAUCGGUAACUUAUGAUAUACGGAAAAGAAUGUUUGGUGUGUUGACACAGAGUAAAGUAGUCGCGAUCGUGUAAAUUAAUGUCGUUUUAUCAUUUUAUAUGUUGUUUUAACGAGUAGUCGAAUGUUGACGAUUAGAAUGGUAUUGAUCGUGUAUAACUUAUUUGUAUGGAAUCUAUUUUACCAUUUUAACAUUUGUCA